AACUCUUCCGACCCAUUUAAACGCUAAAACAAUAACCUGGGCUUCAGUCUGCGUCUGAGGAGGCCGCCGGUUCUUCUUCUUCUCCACUGCUGGCUGUAGGGUAAAACAGAAUAAGAAAGCAAGAAAGAGAAAUGGAAAGCAAUAAAGAGAAAUUAGUGGACGACGUCGGAUCAGUUGUUGAAGCUAUAUCCGCUGAUGUCGAAAACGCCGCUCCUCUUUAUCAAGUCGAAAGUCUCUGCAUGCGCUGCACCCGAAACGGAACAACAAGGUUUUUAUUGACUUCAAUUCCACAUUUUAGGAAGGUCUUGCUCUCAGCAUUUGAAUGCCCGCAUUGUGGCGAGAGGAAUAAUGAAGUUCAGUUUGCUGGUGAAAUUCAACCGAGGGGAUGUCAUUACCGUUUGGCGGUUCAAUCUGGAGAUGAGAAGAUGUUUAAUCGGCAAGUGGUGAAAUCCGAGUCUGCGACCAUAAAGAUCCCUGAACUGGACUUUGAGAUCCCUCCUGAGGCUCAACGCGGAAGUCUGUCAACAGUGGAAGGAAUAUUGGUACGAGCUAUAGAUGGACUACAGGCCCUUCAAGAAGAGCGCAAGAAGGUGGAUCCUCAAACUGCAGAAGCAAUAGACCAGUUUUUAUUGAAGUUGAGAGCUUGUGCAACAGGAGAGUCACCCUUCACCUUCAUCCUGGAUGAUCCUGCAGGAAACAGCUUUAUUGAGAACCCGUUUGCUCCAUCUCCUGAUCUAUCAUUGAGCAUCAAGUUCUAUGAUCGAACUCCAGAACAACAAGCAUUGUUAGGAUAUCUUGUUGACUCAUCACAGAUUAUAGAGCCUACUGCUGGAGCAUCUAUGGAGGAAGCAAGCAAUGCUGUUAAUCAGAUAAGACAAGCACAUGGAUCAGUUGGAGCAGUAGCUGGUCAAAGGGCCAUUGCUCAGAGUAAUAGUGCUGAAAUGGCUGAGGCAUUAUUCCGAUACUCUGCACCAGAAGAGGUGAUGACUUUCCCGUCAACAUGUGGAGCUUGUGCCAUUAAGUGUGAGACUCGGAUGUUUGUAACCAGAAUUCCAUAUUUUCAAGAGGUUAUUGUCAUGGCAUCCACUUGUGAUGCUUGUGGAUAUCGAAAUUCUGAGAUGAAGCCUGGUGGCCGAAUUCCUGAGAAGGGAAAGAGAAUUACCCUUCGUGUGAAAAACAUUAAUGAUUUAAGCCGUGAUGUUAUAAAGUCAGAUACUGCAAGUGUAAGAGUCCCAGAACUUGAUUUGGAGCUAGCAAGUGGCACACUUGGUGGGAUUGUUACAACAGUUGAAGGUUUGAUUACAAAAAUUAGUGAAAGCCUUGAGAGAGUGCAUGGAUUUACUUUUGGAGAUAGUCUUGAUGACUCUAAAAAAAACAAGUGGCUAGACUUUAAAGCAAGGUUGAGCAAGAUUUUGAGCAUGGCAGAGCCUUGGACUUUAAUUCUGGAUGAUGCACUAGCUAAUUCUUUUAUUGCUCCAGCGACUGAUGAUAUUAAAGAUGACCACCAGUUAAUGUUUGAGGAAUAUGAGAGGUCAUGGGAACAGAACGACGAGUUGGGUCUCAAUGACAUGGACACCUCUUCAGCUGAUGCUGCAUACAACUCAACAGGGGUAAUGUCAAUGUAGAAAACAGAAGAAUGACUCCUACCAUCUGUGUGAGAAUAUUUGUCACUUUUUCUUAUUUUAACCAUCUUUGGGGCCGGUGGCAACAUUGUUGUGCAAACUAUUCAGACUGGCUCCUGGAACAAUGUUUUCAAGGAGCCAGAGUGCAAUUUUGAGGAGUCAUACUUGUGCAAUCAUAUAUUACUAGUGUAAACUAUUCUGGAUUGGAUUUGAUUUUGAUUUCACUGCUUGUCA